AUGCCUAAAACAGUGAACGUGAAAGAAGGAACUUUAAGAUUUAUAACCAAACAAGAAACAAAUGCUCAAGUAACUCAAUAUGACAAAGAUAUUCUUCAGGUAUCUGACAAUGAAUACAACUUUAUGCCUGAUAAUGGCGCCAUGUUACACCCAUGGAAGAUAUGGAAAAACUCCCUACAAAAAUCUACAAGGAUAACAACUCAUCAAACAAAACCAGAGAUCAAAACUUCUUUGAUGACAAACUCAUCGAGGUUAUCAAAGCUGAAAAUGAGAAGACAAAAUUUUUUAAUAAGCGUUAUGGCAGGAAAAAUGUACACAAAACCUUCAACCAGAUACAGAGGACGAGGUUUUCAUCAGAACACAGGUAAUAGGAAGAAUUAUCAAUGUAGUGAAUCUAGUAUGUGGUCACAAGAUCAACAACUAUGGAGGAAAAAUACAAAUUUUCUCCAGAACAAUUCUCCAUCUCAGCCACACCAGUAG